CUCACGCGCUUCCGACAACACGGAAGUUGUGACGUUGCACUGCUGAAUGGAUGAACCGAAACUCUCCUGCUGGCGGUCUUUGUAAAACUGUAUACGGAUCAAACACUGAUUUAUAAAGUUUGCAGAUCAUACAAUGGCCAGUUCAACCGUGGACCUGACAACACUGUGUCUGUUUGAUGUAGACGGGACUUUGACAGCAGCUCGCCAGAAAGCUACUCCUGACAUGCAUCAGUUCUUGACUGAACUGAGACAGCGUGUGAGAGUCGGGGUGGUUGGAGGAUCCGAUUUGGACAAAAUCAAAGAGCAGUUGGGUGAUGAUGUGAUUGAUAGAGUGGAUUAUGUGUUUGCUGAGAACGGUUUGGUAGCAUAUAGGUUUGGGCAGCUGCACUCUGUGCAGAGUAUUCAAGCAUACCUGGGAGAGGACAUUUUACAGGAUUUCAUCAAUUUCUGCCUCAAUUACCUUUCAAAGGUAAAACUACCCAAGAAGAGAGGCACAUUUAUUGAAUUCCGUAAUGGAAUGCUGAACGUCUCCCCAGUUGGUCGAAGCUGUAGCCAACAGGAAAGAAUCGAAUUCUUUGAACUUGAUAAGAAGGAGAAAAUCAGAGAAAAGUUUGUCUCCGUUUUAAGAGAAGAGUUUGCUGGGAAAGGACUAGCUUUCUCCAUUGGUGGGCAGAUCAGCUUUGAUGUGUUUCCAGAGGGCUGGGAUAAGCGCUACUGUCUGGGAAUUGUGGAGAAAGACUCAUACCAAAGCAUCCAUUUCUUUGGCGACAAAACAAUGCCUGGAGGAAACGAUUAUGAAAUCUUUGCGGACCCCAGGACAAUCGGUCAUGAGGUCAAGUCACCCGAGGACACACAACGGAUCUGCAAGGAGCUCUUCUUCAGCUGAGACCCUAAGCAUGACCUCUGACAUCCAGAAUGAAGACUACAACAUCCAAGAACUGUGAAACUAUGAACGGAAGUCUCACUUGACAAGCCCAUGCCAUUAUUGUCUUUGUGAUCGUACAUCAUGACAGGUUCUGGAUAAACCUGUACAUACAGUACAUGUGUAUGUGUUUAUUUUAAAUGUAAUCUGAUAAAUUUUUUUAGGUUUAAAGAA